UUGAUUCAUCAAAAAAUAUUUCCAAGAAUAUAAUAUGGCCCCAAGUAUUGAUGAAAGUAAUGCCUUGUUUGAUUUUGUGGUCCAAAAGGGUAAUGGAGUAAAGGGACUUGUAGACAAUGGCAUUAAAAUGGUACCAGAAAGAUACAUACAACCACCAAAAGAGAGAAUAUUAAUUGACAAAAAAAUCAUGAAUUCAAAUGAUGAUAUUGAUCAACUAUUGGUGGCCAUUGAUUUAUCAAAAUUACAUGGUCCUGAACAUGAUCAAGUGGUGGGAACUAUUACAAAGGCUGCUGAGACACUUGGAUUUUUUCAAGUGGUAAAUCAUGGUGUAACUUUGGAGUUAUUGGAAUCACUUAAAGGUGCAGCACAUAACUUCUUUGCCCAACCACCUAUGGAAAAGGCUGUUUAUCUAAAAGAGGUGAGUCCAAGUCCUUUGGUUAAAUAUGGGACUAGCUUUGUACCUGAAAAGGAAAUGGCUUUGGAAUGGAAAGAUUAUGUUAGUAUGAUGUAUACUAAUGAUGAUGAGGCACAUGCACAAUGGCCUCCUCAAUGCAAGGAUGUGGCUCUUGAAUACUUGAAGUCAUCAACAAAAAUGGUGAGGAUACUAUUGGAGAUAUUAUUUGAAAAUCUUGGAGUAACACUAGAUGAAGAAAAAUUUGAAUCACUAACAGGGCUCAAAAUGGUAAACAUGAAUUUUUACCCAAGUUGCCCUAAUCCAGAGCUAACCGUAGGCGUCGGACGUCAUUCGGACAUGGGAACCCUAACUGUCUUACUACAAGAUGGCAUUGGUGGUCUAUAUGUUAAACUUGAACAAGAUGUGGAAGAUGAGUGGAUUGAGAUUCCUCCCAUUCCUGGUGCUUUAGUUAUCAACGUUGGAGAUACCAUGCAAAUCUUAAGUAAUGGGAGAUACAAGAGCGCGGAGCAUAGAGUUCGUACAACAAGUUCAGAAUCAAGAGUUUCAAUUCCAUUGUUUGCUACACCAAAGCCAAGUGAAAAGAUAGGGCCAUUGCCUCAACUUGUGGAAAGUGAUGGAGUUGCUCACUACAAACAAGUCUUGUUUGGUGAUUACAUGAAAAACUUUUUUGGAAAAGCUCAUGAAGGAAAAAAAUCUCUUGAUUUUGCUCAGAAUGAUGAUUCUACUUAAGUUGUAUGUUUAUGGGGGUUUCUUCUUCUAUUUUUAUUCCCAAAAAGUGCUUCAAACAAGCACAAAUAAACAAUUGUACUUUGUUGUAACCGUUUUGAGUUUAUCUUGUCAAGUUGACUUUUAAU